AUGGCCAGGUCGAGUUCCUAUAUUCAUUUCAAGAUUCAGAAGGCUUUGUCAGAGGUGUACUUUGAUCUGGACAGGAAAGCCUUGAAAACAGGGGUUCGCUGCAUGGGCUUGGCGGAGGCUUCGGUUGACAAGGCCAGCCAGAUCAGGGAGGCGAUCGCCCGCUUCUCGAAUCACGAUGCAGAACUUCAAGAGAUCUUCAAAAAGCAUGUCCAGGAGCAGCAGACCCUUUCUGGCUUGCGUGCCGUGAUGAGGUGCAAUGUUCAUGCGUCUUCCAAAGCGCUAGAGAAGUCGCUGCAUGCAAGUGAAGCUGCGCGCGAACUUGUCGAUGAAUGGGCCUUGAAGUUUUCUACGUCAGAGGAGACCGGGAGCUUUGCGCGCGGUAUCGUCAACUCGCACAAGUUGAAAGAAACAUUUCAAAAGCUGGAGGGAAUUGUUGCCAAUUUCCACUUCGCUGCCCAGAGGUUUGGGACAAUCGCAUCUGUCUGCGAGCUAGUGGUUUUGAAUAUCGGUCCUAUCUUUCAAUUCCUCUGUGGUGAGGCUGAGUCUACAGACAAGAGGAACUCUAGAUGGGCCCGAAGGCUGUUGAAGUCAGUGUUCACAGCGGAGAAGCUUUUGCUGCUGUCUUUGCUGGGUGAGCUUACCUCGGUAAGCAUUGCAUACUCGCACCACUUCGACAAUGUCAGAGACCAACAUGGUUCUUCUUUGUCGCACACUGCGCGCACUGCUUUUUUCAUUAAUCAGCUAGAGCAGAAGAUCGAGCGCCUUUUCGGCUUUCGAACCUCUGACAAUCAACUUCGCCGACCGUUGGUCCUGCAUGACUCGUACAGUAGCGGCUAUGUUCAGACAUUGAGGGCUGGCUGGAAUUUCUUGACCGGACAAUGCAAAGCGGUGUCGGGUGAGAUGAUCUUUUAUGCUGUUGGGGCGGCCAACGAAGAACACGUGACGAGCUGGGUCGCAACUCAACUAGGCGUCGUUCGCAACAUUGCCCGCAACUUUUUGCAAGGUAUCCGUGCUGAGUUCGACAACUUGAUCGCAAGCAGCCUGCAGCCAUUC